AUGUGGAUCUUUACGCCGCGGUGAAGGAUGGCUCCCGCCCUCUCGACCGCCUUCGUCCUCCUGUUGUUGGCCCACCUCGGCCUCGCCGCCACUAUGGUCACUGACCUCGAGGAUUACGCCGGAGACGAAGCGGAGCGGGCGGCUGGUGAAAGCCUCGUGUUUGAUGACUACCGGGGGAAAGGAUGCGUGGACGACAGCGGUUUUGUCUACAAGCUCGGAGAGCGCUUCUACCCGGGCCACUCCAAUUGUCCAUGCAUGUGCACGGAGGACGGGCCCGUGUGCGAUCAGCCCGAGUGCCCCAAACUUCAUCCUAAGUGCACCAAAGUGGAGCACAACGGCUGCUGCCCCGAAUGCAAGGAAGUCAAAAACUUUUGCGAGUACCGAGGCAAAACGUACAAAAUUCUGGAAGAGUAUAAGCCGUCACCUUGUGAAUGGUGCCGUUGCGAACCGAAUAACGAGGUACACUGUGUGGUUUCUGACUGCGCCGUCCCGGAGUGCGUCAACCCUGUGUAUGAACCGGAGCAAUGCUGCCCCAUCUGUAAAAACGGUCCCAAUUGCUUCGCCGGAUCGACGAUCAUCCCGGCCGGAAUUGAAGUCAAAGUGGACGACUGCACCAUCUGUCGUUGCCACACUGGCGAUUGGUGGAAACCGGCGCAGUGCUUGCGGCGGGAAUGCCUCAACGGGCAGUCGUCGUAGAGAGACUACGGCGGGGAUGCGAGAUCAGCCCAGGCGCAGCCCU